UUGACAGAAAUACUAUUUUCAACAACCUCCGCAACAGAUAGAAGGAACCAGGAAGCUAUCCUGAAAUCUCAAAACAUUGCCUGUAUCCUUGAUGAUGAUGCAGUUGAUGCAGAAUAUCUCCCACAAAAUUUCCUGAAACCCUUCUGUGGAUUUAUCCUGGACUUUACAAGCGUUGCUCGCCGCCAUGUCGACAGUCACGUUAGAGGCUCAACACGCUCUUACAACCCAUACUCAGGGCCAAAGCAGCUUCAGUAG